GGUCACGUGACGCUCAGACUCGAGGGCGGACUGGUCGCAGCAUAGUACGAGGUCUGAAGGCCUCGAGGGGAAAUUCUACCAAAAACCAACAGAAAAUCAGAUCUAUAGCCAGGUUCAGGGGCUGCAGAGAGAUGUCUGACAGCGCAGGGCUGCAGUUCGUCAGCUCCUUUGCAUUUGAAGCCAUGCAAAAGGUGGAUGUGGGGCGCCUGGCCGCCCUGAGUGACCCCGAGCUGAGGCUCCUGCUCCCCUGUCUGGUCAGGAUGGCUCUGUGUGCUCCUGCAGAUCAGAGCCAGACCUGGGCGCAGGACAAGAAGCUCAUCCUCCGCCUCCUCUCCGGAGUGGAAGCUGUCAACUCUGUUGUAGCGCUUUUGUCUGUCGACUUUCACGCAUUGGAGCAGGACGCACGGAAGGAACAGCAGCUCAGACACAAGGCUGGUGGUUCGAAUGGAGAGAGCAUCUUGGUGUCGCAGCUCCAGCAUGGCCUGACCCUGGAGUUUGAACACAGUGAUCCCCUCAGGAGACUUCGUCUGACCCUCAGUGAACUGCUGGCUAUCAUGAAUAAGGUGACAGACUCCAAUGGGGAGUUCUUCUUGAAGUCCUCGGAGCUCUUUGAAAGCCCCGUGUAUUUAGAAGAAGUGGCAGAUGUCCUCUGCAUUUUACAAGCAGAGCUGCCAUCUUUGCUGCCCAUUGUGGAUGUGGCAGAGGCUUUGCUUCAUGUCCGCAAUGGUGACUGGUUUCUGUGCCUGCUGGUUGCCAAUGUGCCCGACAGCUUUAAUGAAGUUUGCAAAGGUCUAAUCAAGAAUGGAGAACGCCAGGACGAGGAGAGUGUGGGUGGUCGGCGCAGGACCGAAGCCCUCAGGCAGCUGUGUCAGAUGAAUCCCUCACAGGCCCUCAACAUCAGAGCCAUGGUGGUGGAGGAGUGUCAUCUGCCAGGUCUCGGUGUGGCCCUUACUUUGGACUAUAAACCAGAUACAGCCGAUGAGGCGGUCAGCCCGCUUGUGUCGUAUGUGAGCGGUCUGUUGCUGGGAACUAAUAGUAAAGUCCGGACCUGGUUCAGCAUGUUCAUUCGCAACGGACAACAGCGUAAGAGAGAAAGCAGCUCUGUUCUGUGGCAGAUGCGAAGACAGCUGCUGCUGGAGCUCGUGGCCAUCCUGCCACGCUCACGCAGCAUCCACGUGCCCAAUGUGAACGACAUGGAGGAUGGAGGUGGUUCAGGGUACUCUGGUCUCAGGGAGGAGCACGUUGUGAAGGCCAGCGCUCUGCUGAGACUCUACUGUGCUCUCAUGGGGAUUGCUGGUCUGAGCACUCCGGAGCAAGAACAGCUGAUGGUCAUGUGGCUGAGCUGGAUGAUCAAAGAGGAAGAAUACUUUGAGAGCGCUGCGGGCGUAUCUGCUUCUUUUGGAGAGAUGCUAUUACUGGUUGCCAUGUACUUCCAUAGCAACCAGCUCAGCUCCAUUAUUGAGUUGGUGUGCUCUACUUUGGGGAUGAAGAUUGCCAUCAAGCCCAGCUCUCUGAACAAGAUGAAGACUAUCUUCACUCAGGAGAUUUUCACUGAACAAGUGGUUACAGCCCAUGCUGUGAGGGUUGCAGUGACUAACAGUUUAAGCGCCAACAUCACAGGGUUUCUCCCAAUUCACUGUAUCUACCAGCUGCUUCGGAGCCGGGCCUUCACCAAACACAAAGUGUCCAUCAAGGACUGGAUUUAUCGUCAACUCUGUGAAACAACAACUCCCAUCCACACCCAGCUAAUUCCUCUAAUCGAUGUCUACAUCAACUCCAUCCUCACUCCAGCAUCCAAGGCCAACCCUGAGGCCACCAAUCAGCCAAUCACAGAGCAGGAGAUCCUUAAUGUCUUCCAGAGCUCCCAAGGGGACGGCAGUCGAGGAGGGCGCCAGCGCUAUUCCAUCACCACACAGCUGCUCAUCCUUUACUACAUCCUGUCUUAUGAGGAGAACCUGCUGGCGAGCACCAAACAGCUGGCACUGAUGCAGAGGAAGCCCAAGUCCUACUCGGCAGCCUUGAUGGACCAGAUUCCCAUUAAGUAUCUGGUUACCCAGGCCCAGGGUCUGCAGCAGGAGCUGGGGGGCCUGCACUCUGCUCUGCUGAGACUGCUCGCCACCAACUACCCCCACCUGUGUCUAGUGGAGGACUGGGUAUGUGAGGAAGAGGUGACCGGCACCCUGCCCCUCCUGAGAAGGAUGAUGCUCCCCACCAACACCUGUAGAUACACCCAGAGUCAACUUCAUCAGGCCUUCCAGAAGUUGCCCUCCAGCAGUCCCAGGCUCAUGCGGAUCCUGGAGCAUUUAACGUUGCUUUCACCUGGAGACCUUAUUCCUUACGCAGAGGCUCUCACAGCCAGCAUGGCUCUGCUGCUGGAGCCCGCUGUGCCUCGCCGACUGAUGCAGACCCUCAACAAACUCUGGAUGGUCCUCAACACUGUGAUGCCCCGCAGGUUGUGGGUGAUGACGGUGAACGCCCUCCAGCCUUCAGCCAAGCUGCUCGGCCAGCAGAAGUACACCCAGAACGACCUGAUGGUGGAUCCUCUGAUUGUGCUGCGCUGCGAUCACAGAGUGUACAGGUGUCCUCCACUGAUGGACAUAGUCCUUCACAUGCUGAAUGGUUAUCUGACGGCCUCCAAGGCCUACCUGCAGUGCCACCUGAAGGAGACGGCCGACUUUGACCGUCAAAAUCAGACCGUUUCAAACGUGGGAGCACCCGGUCAAGCAGACACGCCUGAGGUCACCAGGGAGGAGCUGAAGAACGCCCUUCUAGCUGCGCAGGACAGCGCAGCAGUCCAGAUUCUCCUGGAGAUAUGUCUGCCAACCUCUGAAGAACAGCAGCUGGGGGCCAACACAGAAAGCCUUUUAAGGAGCAAUCUGGGGCCCGCGCCAGACAAAACAAAACCAGGAAGCCAGGGCCCAACAGCCAGAGUAGACGUGGGGGACGCGGAGCCAGAAGGAGGCCUGUUCAGUGACUUGAGGGAGGUGCAGUGUCUCAUCUGCUGUCUGCUGCAUCAGAUGUUCAUUGCUGACCCCAACAUUGCUAAGCUGGUUCACUUUCAGGGGUAUCCUCGGGCUCUGCUGCCUCUAACUGUGGCAGGCAUCCCCUCCAUCCAUAUAUGUUUGGACUUCAUCCCAGAGCUGCUGGCCCAGCCCCAACUGGAAAAGCAGACCUUUGCAAUACAGCUGCUGUCACACCUGUGUACUCAGUACGCCUUGCCCAAAUCUCUGUGUGUGGCCAGGCUGGCCAUUAGUGUCAUGGGCACACUUUUAACAGUGCUGAGUCGUGCCAAGCGUUUCACCUUCUUCAUGCCAACCCUGCCGUGUCUGGUGGCGUUCUGCCAGGCCUUCCCUCCUCUCUACGACGAUGUGGCAGCUCUGCUGGUGCAAGUGGGCCAGGUUUGUGCUUCUGAUGUGGCCACCAAAGUCAGGGACAUGGACCCUUUUAUUGCCCGUUUUCAGAGUCUCAAAGAGAAGCCCCAGGCAGCUGUAGUUCCCGGAGGACGCUCCUCCGAGCCGACGCCGAUGGCAGCGGAGGAUCUGGGUGGAGCCGACCCCGACGUCCAGCUCUGCUACUGCAUCGAAGCCACCUUCAUGGACAUCAUCAGCUCCACUCUUCAUGGACUCUAAUCCAGGUUUACACACCUUCAGGCUGGACAAGAGACUCUUCACUGGAACCAGCAGCUGCAAACAACUGCCUGUAAAGUAAAAAAACUCCUUUACAUGUCGUGGGACAUACAUGAUGAAACCGUCACGCUCUGUUCUGUCUGGACUCAAGUCCUUCAUGAAUCUGCCUCAGGCUUUGUGUCACACGCUCCAGCUGUUCUAAUCUUUGUUAAGCAGUAAAAACUGAAC